GGCUACCAACUACCAAGCAGCAAUGGGCGAGAUCAGCAGCGGACUCACAAUGCCAUCCUCCUCGAUCUGCCUGCUCCUCCGGCGCUCGUAGAGCGAACAAAAAUGGCGGCCCCCGCCGGCCAGCGCGCCUCGCCCGCUCGCUCCACCAUCCGCUUCUUCAGCCUCCGCGACACCCAAACCCCACACCUCCCCUUCCGCACACGCGCCGCGGUGCCCACCCGCGCGCGCCUCCGCUGCCACCUCUCCCACUCCAGUGACUCAACCCCAACCCCGAGCUCCCCCACCACCUCCGACCCAGACCCCGACCCCGACCCCGACCCCGAAGAUUCCCUGCGCUUCGCCUUCGCGUGCGGCGGCGCUGGCGCGGGCGGCCGUGUCUACUCCGCCAUCGCGCUCGCCGACGAGCUCCACGCCUCGCUGCCUUCCUCCCGCUCCCUCAUCCUCGGCGCGCCCUCCCCGUCCCUCGAAUUCUCCGCAGCCGCAGCGGCAUCCUACCCGUUCGCGCCCGUCCCGCCGCGCUGCCUCCCGCGCGGGAUCCUCGCCGCGGCACUGCACCUCCGCCGCUUCCGCCCGCACGUCCUUGUCGCCACGGGGGGCGCGCCCGUGCUGCCAGCCUGCCUGGCCGCGCUCCUCCUCGGCCUCCCCUUCGUGAUCCAGGACCAGGACGCAUCCCCCGCGCCCGCCACCCGCCUCCUCGCCCCCUUUGCCCUCCGCGUCUUCCUCGCCUUCAACGCCCCCGUGCGCCUCCUCCCCAAGCGCAAGUGCGCCGUCUACGGGAACCCCGUCCGCAUGUCCAUUCUCAAGUGCCGGGCGUCCAAGGCCGAGGCGUUGUCGCGCUUCUUCCCGAGGGCAGGGUUGUUGGGUGAACAGGAAGCGCAGGUCCUGCUCGUGCUUGGAGGAGCGGAGGGGUCGCCCGAGAUCAAUGUCGCGGUGCUCAAUGUCUACUACGAGAUGCUCCGGAAGAGGAAGGAUCGGUACAUUAUAUGGCAGACGGGGACGGAGACUUUCUGCGAGAUGGAGAGUCUCGUCAGGGGCCAUCGCCGACUUUUUCUUACUCCAUUCUUGCAUGAACUGGAAAUGGCAUAUGCUGCUUCUGAUGUUGUAAUUUCUCGGGCUGGUGCAAUGACAUGCACUGAGAUAUUGGCCACUGGGAAACCAUCAAUUCUGAUACCCCUGCCAACAAUUCUGGAUCAUCACCAAACGAGAAAUGCAUAUAUCAUGGCUGAUAUCAUGGGGGCAAAGGUCAUCACCGAAGAUGAACUUGAUUCUAGCAGUCUCACAUCUGCAGUUGAUGAAAUCUUUGGUGAUGAGAAAUUGAUGGCAGACAUGUCUCAGAAGGCACUAACUGCAGCCCGACCAAAUGCUUCUGCUGAUAUAAUUCGCCACAUCUGUUCCCUGAUUGGUUCACCCUACCCAACAUGAAACUUAUUUAGACACUAGAAUUCAUGCCACGACUGCAUUCUGUAGGAAUUCCAUUCUGUAUUGUUGGUUGAGACACAGAAGAAUGCCAUCUUGUUCUUGAUGCGGAAGAAGUUAUGAUACCUCUCGUAAUUCACUUGAGUGAUGACAGUGGUUUGGUCUAAAAAAGAUCAGGAAAUAGUUUCUCAGGUAGUUUUCUGGUCUCUGACCUUCAAUAUUCUUUUUCGUUUAUGUAAAGGUUUCAUAAAUGACUGCUAGAAGGCAGAAGCUGUCUCCUGCCAACUUUCAAAAAGAUAUUGGUCCUCAAUGGUCACUCCGAUACUUUUGUUGAAUGAAUGAUUAACUUGAGAUCUUUUGCAUUUUC